UCUCCUUCCUCCUCAAAAUUUCCGUCGUCUCUCUCCCUUCUCGGCAGAAUCGAGCAAAAUACGACCGGCCCUUCACCUCCGGCGACGCCACCCAACCGUCUAAGGACAGUCAUCGAUCGUGCAGUCUCCUUCCGCCGUCGCCGUGCAGCAGCCCUCUUCCGCCGGCAUCUCGCAAGCAUCCCGACGUGGAGUGGACAACAACCACGCCAAGAAAUCGCCACCGCGAACGACAGGUCUCCAGAUUCACCGAGAAGUCUCCUUCGCGACCGAACAGCACCAGGGGCGAACCGAGGGGCACCAUUUUCACCGGCGAAAGCCCGCGAGCGAACACCCGAUGGCCGAUGCGAGCAGCGAGAAUCCCGGCAUUUCAGCAAUUUCCGGCGAGUUCGAGCUCUACCUCUACCAGCGACGAUGAAGGCGGACCAAACCUUCCACGGCGAGGUGAUUUCUGUGUCCGGCUGAAGAGCGACCAAACCUUCCACCGCUCGAAGGAUUCAAGAUUACAUUCUUUUUUCUUACAAAAAAAUAUGCAGAGCUCGAAUAAUACGACUGAAUCAACCAAUGAAUUGGUGGAAAGCGAACAGCAUAUAUUGAAUUUCUUGGACUCCAUGGAUACUUAUCUUACCCUAAUGGAUUCUCUAUCUUCAUCCCUUCGCCAGGGAUGGCUGGAUUUAGCCAGCGCCCGACAGUCAAUGGGUGCUUUACGUGUGAGCAGCGUCUUGUUUGACCUCAAAUCUCACCAUGCUUCAACGACGUUGCAAGUACACAAUGGUGAUCAUAACAUGGAGUCGCCACAUUUCACGCUGAGCAAAUGGGCAUCCUCUGAUGAUCCUGAGAAGCAUUCUGAAGAAGCCAAAUUUGAGGAGGACGAGUUGUUGCAAAACAAAUCUACUGAGAGCCCACGAGAACAAAAUCAUGAUACACCUCAAAGCCCCCAACCUCUCGAGAGAAGGGCUAGUGGUGGAUCUCCUGUUACUCCCGAUAAUCAAGCUCAAAGAGAAAGAUCCAAAUCCCUCUCUAUGUUCGGAACUCUCGUGUCCCCUAAGCUUCGUGCAACUCAACUGUCAUUCGAGACAGCUCUGGAAAUGCUAAUAGAGAUAGCAAACAUGCGAGCCUCUUUGCUGUGCACUUACAAACAAGUGCUGCAUGACCAAAAGACGGCAAAAUGAUUGUGAUCCCUAUUUCAUCUUUCUUAGCCUAGCAUUGAAAUUAUUUUGUGGGUUUAUUGUUUUGGUCGUUUUUUUUCCUAGACCAUGUGGUCCGUACUAUGCCGAGAAAACAAUAUUAUGAUUGUUUAUAAAUUAAAUUUAUAAACAACAUGAAUCAUGGUUUACCUAUUUUUUGCAAACUGGACCGGACACUCCGACUAGAAAUAAAGGGAACCCGUCUGGCGACGGGUCCAGUGUCCUUGAAUAAAGCGUUUGCUAGCUAAUUAGUUAGCACCAGCCUGUUGAAUUAGUAUGAUUCGU